AUGAAUCCAUUAUUUCCCGAAGAUCUUUUGCCAUUAGUUUCAGUAAGUAACAUUAGCACGACCUUGACUUUGAACCCAGAUCAACUCAUGGGAAAUGAAGGUAAGCAUUCGUGGAAUUAUAACGAAAAUUUUCCAAAUGAAUUUGAUCCAUCGGAUAAAGACAUGAAAUCGUCAGAAAAAUCAUACGAUUUCAACUUCCCCAUUUUUGCCAUUGACAGGACUUUAGUAAUUUCCAUUCAGGAAAACUUCUUGAAAAUAUCCCCAAUCUUUUCAAAUGUGAUCAGUCAAACUCUAGUACAGGCACUCCCAUUAAAUAAAGAAAUACUAAUACUUGGAACUUCAGAUAGAGUUGCUGUUAUGAGAAAGAUCUCGAACGAAAUCGACACUUUGGAGCCACCUGAAUUUGUUACAGGCUUCAUUGGAUCAUUAAUCACCGAAUUAAAUUUACAUAAUGCUAAGUAUAAUUUUGAUGCCAUUAUUGUCCCUAGUGAAGGCCCAACUGGAUUUGAAAAACUAAAUUUAACAAUAAUGCAGGAUUUAAUAGAUAUCUUCAAAAAUGAAUGGAACUACCUCAAUAUCGAUUCAAAAGUAUAUACUGAACAAUGUUAUCGUCACUGGAAAUUAGCAGGUGCCGCAAUAGGUGCACAAUCUGGCCUUUACAUAUAA